UAAUCUUACAGUUACAGAACUCUUCAGGACAAAGUUCGUUUAGCUGCAGUUUACCUAUUGUCCACUUGGGGUCUCUCUUGGUGUUUUUGAGAUGAAGAACCAGUGGACCUGAUGGACCUCAGAUCCGCUCGUGAUGGAUCCGUUUGACGGCUCCUGUUCUCCGCCACAUACGGCGGACAGUGCGGACAGCCGGUCCCCGUGGUACCGGUUCGCUUCAUGGUUGGAGUGUGUCUGCGUCGUCACUUUCGACCUGGAGCUCGGACAAGCCAUUGAGUUGGUGUUCCCUCCACAUGUGAAACUUACUGAGAAGGAGAAAACCAGCAUCUGUUUCCUCUCCUUCCCAGACUCCUACUCAGGAUGUCUUGGAGACACUCAGUUCAGCUUCAGGCUGCGUCAGUCCGUGGGUCGCAGAGGGUCACGGCGACAAGACGAUGCGUACAACAGAGACGCCCCGGUCACGCUGCAGAUGGAAACGUCCCAUUUCUGUGGCUACGUCUAUUUCAGACAGGUGAAGGACACGUCUGUGAAGAGAGGAUACUUUCAGAAGUCUCUGGUGCUGGUCUCCAGGUUGCCCUACACCCACCUGUUCCACUCGUUGCUGCAGAUCAUUGCCCCUGAGUUCUUCGAGAAGCUGGAGCCUUGCUUAGAAACAGUAUGUAAUGAGAUUGACCAAUGGCCUGCACCUAUUCCUGGACUGACACUCAACCUGCCACUGAUGGGCGUGGUCCUACAGGUGCGGAUUCCUUCAAAAACAGACAAACCAGGGGGAAGUCCAGUACGACUAGCCGGCAGCCAGAAUCUGCUGCCAGUUCCGACAACGCUUCCGACGGUCUACGAACUGGACCUCUUUAGGUGCUUUCAGUCGGUACUUGUCCAUCUCCAGAUGCUCUGGGAGCUCACGUUACUCGGGGAACCGAUGGUUGUCAUGGCACCGUCCCCCACCGCCUCCUCAGAAACUGUGCUCUCUCUCAUCAGCUGCAUCAGUCCUUUAAAGUUCUGCUGCGACUACCGUCCUUAUUUUACCAUCCAUGACAGUGAGUUCCGAGAAUAUACCACCAGGACGCAGGCACCACCAAAUGUGCUUCUCGGCGUCACAAACCCUUUCUUCAUUAAGACGUUUCAGUCUUGGCCUCACAUCGUCAGACUGGGGGAGAUCAAGAUGGCAGGCGACUUACCUAAGCAGAUUAAGGUGAAGAAACUCUCUAAACUGAAAAUUCUGGACACCAAACCAGGCAUCUACACAUCCUACAAGACGUUUCUUCACAAAGAUAAGAUUCUGAUCAAACGGCUGCUAAAGGGCUUUCAGAGGAAGCGGCCAUCAGAGGCUCAGAGCGCCAUCUUGAGGAGACACCUGUUAGAGCUCACGCAGAGCUUCAUCAUCCCUCUGGAGCGGUACAUGGCCAGUCUGAUGCCGCUCCAGAGAUCAGUGACUCCGUGGAAGACUCCCCCUCAGAUCCGACCCUUCAGUCAGGAGGAGUUUAUGUCUACAUUGGAGCACAGUGGGCCGCAGCUGACCUCUGGGAUCAAGGGUGAUUGGACGGGGCUGUACAGGAAGUUUUUUAGGUCAUUGAACUUUGACGGCUGGUACCGACAAAGACACAAGGAGAUGACGCAGAAACUGGAGAGUAUCCACCUGGAGGUCAUUUGUGAUGCUGAUCUGAUUGGUUGGACCAAAGACAAGUCUGAGGUGGAGAUUGUGGACUUGGUUCUGAAACUGCGAGAAAAGAUGAAUAAAGCCAGCAGGCAGCAGCUGCAGCUGAAGGACGGGGUGGUGGACAAACUUUGGACUUUCAUUGAUGACACCGUCAGGACCCUUCCUGAAGACCUGCAGUGUACACUGACAUCUACACACUAACAUCUACACACUGACUCACUGCUAUAAGAAUACUAAUAUGAUUUCAGUUCAUUGAUGAACGCUCAGAUUUUGCUAAAAUAUUUUGUUUGAUAAAUCUACGGUUUACCACGUCUUUGACCUACAGCGGUUCGUGGUUACAUCUCCCAUAAAUUUGUUAAGAAAUUCUUGUUCCACCAUUCAGACGUACGCAGUUAGAAUAAAUUUGCACAAGAAAUAGUUAGCGAGUUGGACAAAUACGUCGUUACGUGGUGCUAUGCGCGGAAGACGUCUUUGUUUACAUUCGCAGGUUGUACGCCAUACAUUAGAUUGUGCUACAUUUACCGUCUUUCGUUUUAAAUUAUUUUUUUGGGAACUUUCUGCCCUUCAUCAUGGCUCCCAA